AUGGCCAAAGUGGAGCUCCUAAAGGAUUUCUUUGCAUCUGUAUUCUUGGACAUGAAUACAAACAUGUAUCCCAAUGGGACUUUAGGCAUUUUCUCAUUGCAGGUACGUGAGCUGGAAGCAGAGGUUGAGAAUGAACAGAAACGCGGUGCUGAUGCUAUUAAGGGUGUGCGCAAAUAUGAGAGGAGAGUAAAGGAACUGACCUACCAGUCUGAGGAGGACCGGAAGAAUGUUCUAAGGCUCCAGGAUCUAGUUGACAAACUUCAGAUGAAAGUGAAGUCUUACAAGAGACAAUCUGAAGAGGCUGAGGAGCUAUCCAACGUCAACCUCUCCAAGUUCCGCAAGAUCCAGCAUGAGCUGGAAGAGGCUGAGGAACGGGCUGACAUUGCAGAGUCCCAGGUCAACAAACUUCGGGUGAAGACCCGGGAGGUUCAUAAGAAGAUCGAAGGGGAGGAGUAAAGAUGCAGCACAGCUGCAAAGUGACUGACUGUAGAGAUGCACAAAAUGUGAAACUGUCUGUCACUUCUUUCUGUAAUUAUUGCUUAUUCUGUCCUCAGUGUCUUGAAAAUAAAGGAUGUAGAGACCUUUGCAUAUGAAAUAUGA